UCCUGUUGCCUGUUGCCUCGCAUUGUGUGAUAGGCUUAAGAAUUGCUUGUCACGCACUGCUUUGCGACUGCUCAAACGACCAUCGAUACAACUGUACGACCAUUGUAGACAGAACCGAGAAUCAUUGUAGCGGAGGCUUGAGAGUAUACAUAAGACCAUCUUAAAUAUAAGAACGGACAUGAAUACCGGCCUAUGGUUUGCGACUCUCACCCACUCUCAGUCUCUCACCCGCCUGUUCAUGCGUCCAUUUGCUGACUCACAGGAUUGACAUGUGCUCGCUCGAGGAUUCGUACAACAAAUUAACGAACAGCGACGACUUUGUGGAAAAUGAGAACAGACAUGGACUCGCAAAAAUUGAAAACAAUUAUAAACGAGGAGGAUUGGGAUCAGUUACUGCAAAUUGUCAAACCGAAGUAUUUCGCCAGACAGGAAUCAGAAUUAAUGCCCGACGCAAGGAUCCUGGCACAGAUGUGUCAUGCGCUCGUGAGCGAAGCUACUCCAGAUACGAUUAGAAUUUUGUGCCUGAAGUGUCUGGGGAACUCUUGUCUCGAUAGUUACAAACACAAACAACAUACGAUAGACAACGUGGAAUCUGUUAGAUACAGGAUAAGUUUAUAUGAUAAAUUAGUCGAGAGCGACCUGUGCGAGCAAGGCGACGGCUGUGAUUAUCCCCAUGAUUCUCACUUUCCUUACGACGGAGUGACAGAAUGGACUGUGGAUUACAUUAAGUCUCGUGGCGAGUCCACGGACUGCUCGAUUGACAGUGAAUUCGAUAUCUUUAGGCUCAGCAUUCAGUUUUUAAGCAAUUUAUUUACGUACGCGUGUCCGGAUGUAACAUCCGCAGACAGUGUUAUGAGAUCUUUAAGUUGCGAUAACUUGAAACAAGCCGUAUUGAGUUGCAUGCAGUCUGAUCGCGGAUCUCUCGCCAGCGCGGCUUGCAUAUAUGUGCACAAUGCAUUAAAAAAAUUAUGUUACAACUAUUUCGCAGAUGAGAGAGAUCUAUGUUUACAGUUGCUAAAACCUAUCAAAGAAGGUUUUACGUCUGCGACGGAUGCACUGUUACUCCUAUUACAUCGACCGAAUGUAUUUAAAGACGUGUACGAUAAUGUAACUACGAGCGAAAAGUUAGAUUUACUUGAAAUUGUCUACAACGAGAUGCAGAAAUCCUGGCAAUCCGAUCUCGAUGCAGUGCUCACGGUGGACCAGGCUGAGUUUCUGGCGCUAAUAUUUUGCAGAAAGAGCGAUUGCAUUUUAAAGACCGUGGACACGUACGUGGACAGCGUAGAUCCCAUGGAAAUUAUCCUUAUUCUUAAUAUCCUGGGACUUUUUACUACGCAAUGCAAGAUCGUGAAGGAUGCCCCGUUGCUUAUCAAUUGUAAAUACCUUCUGUUGUCCUUACACAUGGCGGGAAAGGAAAGGAAUAAUUAUUUCACUCCAAUAACGAAUUUAAGCCAAGUGGCACCUAGUGCCCGCGGGAAAGCUGCAGACGUAAAAGCGAGCGCUACCGAGGCAUCCGAAGCAACAGCGGCAAAUGAUCCACAAGACCAUCCCGCGUAUGGCUUUAAGGCGGGACUAAUACGAGUCAUUGCGAACAUAGUGCAUGAGAACAAACGGUGUCAAGAUCUGUUUCGCGAGAUAGAUGGAAUUCCAGUGCUUCUGGAUUGUUGCAACAUAGACGCGAGGAAUCCGCUUAUCUUACAAUGGACCAUUCUCGCUGUGAGGAAUCUAUGCCAGGGAAAUCCGCAGAAUCAGGAAGUAAUUAGAAAUUGUAAAAGAACGGGGGUGCCAGGUAAUCCUGUGUUGCAAGAGAUGGGAUUGACUCUGCACGAGGACACGGAUGGGAAUUCGAUUCGUAUCGCCCCUCUCCGUCGCAAUUAGGAAGAUUUACUGUUUCACGAGAACGCGAGAUCGCUCUCGGUGAUCAAUCAAUUCGAUAAUUAUCAAACUAUUACUUGUUUAUAUCGAUAAUAUCCUCGAUAAGAUACAAUGAUUGGUUUAUGCAUAACUAAUUAUUGGUAUGCAUAAAUAAUUAUUAUUCCAAUUAGCUCGACUGAAAUGUAUCCUGCUGUACCACUCGCUAAAAAAAAAAGCGACACCGCAAUUACAACGAUUUCUGCCAUUAGACGAAAUACGAUGUGGUACGGCAUAGAGAGAUAUUUUAUCUACACUCACGGCCGAGUGAUUUACGAUACAAUAAAAGCUGCUGUGAGAGUUCACGGUCUAUUAGUAAUUGCUAAUUUUCCUCUCACUCGGAAUUGCUCAAGACGGAGACACGGAGAUUCCUGUUUAAGAAUUAUAGAACCUCCAAUUACGCUGUCAAGAGACGCCAGUGUUUUAAUAAAUAAUUUCUCUAUUAAUUAA